CGUUGCUUCCGAAUUGGACAUGCGAGAGAGAAUUGCAUAACAUAUAGAGGGAGAGAAUUUAGAGAGAGAAAUGGAGAAAGCCAUUAAUAGACAAAGAGUUCUACUGGAACAUCUUUGUCCCUCUUCUUCUUUCUCUCAUCAAGGCCUUGAAUCUUCUCUCUCUGCUUCAGUUUGUCUUGCUGGGGAUAGUGCUGCUUAUCAUCGGACAGCUUCUUUUGGAGAUGAUGUUGUGAUUGUGGCUGCAUAUCGGACUGCCAUUUGCAAAUCAAAACGUGGCGGUUUCAAGGAUACCCUUCCGGAUGAUCUACUUGCUCCUGUUCUGAAGGCAUUAAUAGAGAAAACAAAUCUGAACCCCAAUGAGGUGGGAGAUAUAGUUGUUGGUACGGUUUUGGCACCAGGUUCACAAAGAGCAACUGAAUGCAGGAUGGCUGCGUUCUACGCUGGUUUUCCUGAAACUGUGCCCAUCAGAACCGUCAAUAGGCAAUGUUCAUCAGGCCUCCAAGCAGUUGCUGAUGUUGCUGCCUCUAUAAGAGCAGGAUUUUAUGAUAUAGGCAUUGGUGCUGGAUUGGAGUCCAUGACGGCAGACAUGAUUGGCAGGGUUCCCAAAGUUAACCCAAGAGUGGACAGUUUUGCACAAGCCCGAGAUUGUCUUCUUCCUAUGGGAAUUACUUCCGAAAAUGUUGCACAACGCUAUGGUGUUACAAGGCAAGAGCAAGAUCAGGCUGCUGUGGUAUCUCACAAGCGUGCUGCUGCGGCAACUGCAUCUGGAAAAUUCACUGAUGAAAUUAUUCCAGUUUCUACGAAGAUCGUGGACCCCAAAACUGGUGAAGAGAAGCCUGUUACGAUUUCUGUGGAUGAUGGAAUUCGUCCAAACACAAAUAUGACAGAUCUGGCAAAAUUGAAGCCUGCAUUCAAAAAGGAUGGAUCCACGACUGCUGGGAAUGCUAGUCAGGUGAGUGAUGGUGCUGGAGCAGUCCUGCUCAUGAAGAGAAGUCUUGCUAUGCAGAAGGGGCUUCCAAUUCUUGGUGUGUUCAGGAGUUUUGCUGCAGUUGGGGUAGAUCCCGCUGUUAUGGGCAUUGGCCCAGCUGCUGCAAUUCCAGCAGCAGUGAAAUCUGCUGGUCUUGAGCUCGAUGAUAUUGACCUGUUUGAAAUAAAUGAGGCAUUUUCAUCCCAGUUUGUAUAUUGCUGUAAGAAACUGGAGCUUGAUACUGAAAAAGUCAAUGUCAAUGGCGGCGCAAUGGCUCUUGGGCAUCCUUUGGGUGCUACAGGUGCACGCUGUGUUGCAACUAUAUUGCACGAGAUGACGCGUCGUGGCAAGGACUGUCGAUUUGGUGUGAUUUCCAUGUGCAUAGGUUCAGGUAUGGGGGCUGCUGCUGUUUUUGAAAGGGGUGACUCAGUUGAUGAUCUUUGCAAUGCUCGAAUUGUCAGAGAACACAAUUUCUUAUCAAAGGAUGCCCGUUAGAUUCAUUAUUCAUCUAAAAGAUGGCACUUGAACACUUCAUUAGCAAUCUGAUAGUUUAAUGGAAAUAGUUAGACAAUUCAAUGCCGGUGCACUUUUUGAUAAUCCAUGCAUCAAUAAUUACAAUGGAUUCAAUGUAAUCUCAAUUUCAUAAGUUUGAGCUCGAGAAGUCAUAAAUAAAUAUUAAUUUUCUUUUUGUGAUAAA